AUGGCCGCCGCAACCUCCUCACGACCUACCCCCAAGGAAUGGACCAGAGUUACUAAGGGUGGGAGGAGACUCAGAUACAGUCUGUCUGUAAUCCAAGAGCCAGAACGUGCGCGAGCAUGUGGCUCUGGAGCAAAGUCGUCCGCCGAUAGACGGCCGGUUGAUCCUCCGCCUGUUGUCGAGCUUCGUAUAUUUGAUGACAGCAACAUCGCGAAACCCGGCGAGGAUAUUACCUUCUCCUACGACGCCAAUUUCUUCCUGUUUGCAACUCUGGAGACAGCUCGUCCGAUGGCUCAUGGUCGAAUGCAUCCAUCACCACCACAGAUCCCAGUCCUCACUGGAAUGCCUGUCUCCGGCAUGGCGUAUCUUGAUCGCCCCAACGAAGCAGGCUAUUUCAUAUUCCCGGAUCUCUCUGUCCGCCACGAAGGCAGAUACCAACUGAGCUUCAAUCUUUACGAGGAGACCAAGCAGAAAGACGAUCGUGAUGCGGAACCCGCAAAUGAUCAGAAGGCUAAGAUUCCGGGCCCAGCUGCCCCAGAAUCAUCUUUUGACUGGCGAUUGGAAAUCAAGUCCAACAUGUUCACCGUCUACAGUGCAAAGAAAUUCCUUGGCCUUGCUGAGAGCACAACACUCAGCCGGACUGUCGCAGAACAGGGAUGUAGAGUCCGGAUCAGACGUGAUGUUCGAAUGAGAAGACGUGACAAGGCACCGUCUGAAUAUGGAGAUACGAAUGCCAUUGAGGAUGGUUAUGCUCGUGCAGGUCGCGCUCCUGAGCAGGCCAUCGAUCCAUAUCGUGAGCGAUCGAAUAGUGCUGGCAGUGAUGAGGGGAGAGAACCGCAACGCCGACUCUCUGGAGAGUAUCCACCGCAACCGUACAAUAGUCAAUAUAGCGCCCCUGGAACACCUGUUGGCGGUCAUCCUGCUCCGCCUGGUGGCAAUUUGGGCUGGAUGGGUGGACAUUCUGGGUCGCAAUUCCAAGCACCGCCUGGUCCUGGUCCUGGUCCACCACAAACCCAAUUUCCUCAACCAGCACCACCUCAUCCCGCACCACAAUUAUACCAGACGGCACCGAAUCCUUAUCCCCAACCCGUCCCUCAGUAUCGUCCUGCACCUCCACCUCCACCUCCAAGUGGAUACUCACACGAACGUCCGUACCCUCAAUCUGCUCAUCCUACCAAUCCACCACGUGAGCAACGUGAUCCCUUUGAGUCCGACCCAUUCAGGAGAGCCUCGGCCCCCUUCCCAUCUUCCAACCCUCUGCACGGCGCCCCAUAUCCCACAUCCGAGGCUAGUUACAACCGACCUCUCUAUCACCCCUAUGCUCGAGAUAACAGCCCUCCUCCGUCCCUGCCGCCUUUGAAGUCAAUGCCUUCUGCUUCUCCACCGGCACCUCUUUCAUCCAUCCGUACUAUUGCUCCAUCGCUUCAAAGUCCUGGAUUUGAUCGCGGCUUGGACCGUUCAGGUCCCUACAAUCAAUACCAGGCUGCUCCAGCACCUCCAGAUGCCACCCAGACUAGAAAACGAGUAUAUGAUGCGGUUUUCGACUCUUCGGAGAACAACAAACCGUUUUACAAUGGGAUGCGGCCUAGCACAACUUACCAUGAAGCGUUUGAUGACGAUGAGGACAACCAACCAAAAUUGGAAUACAAGCGUGCCGACGGGACAGGUCGUCAUCGUGAGCCUCCUCGUGUUCUCAUAUAA